AAGGUCCCGGAAACGAUUGUUCUUGGGGGCGCUACAUUCCAGUCGUACAGACUCACUAUAGGAAUGAAUGCAUGAGGACUUCAACUUGAACUUUUACAUAACCUAACCCGCAACCCCUGCCUACCUUUCUACGUACUGGUUCUGUUCUUAAGUGCCUUUUAAAAGCACCGCUAGCUGACUCCAGGCAACACUCGUGAACGCCUCGCAAUGCAUCAGCUGACUACAGAGGAUCUGAAGACCCUGGAAGUAGAUCUUAAAAACUACUUUCCACAGUCGAUGCAGGUAUAUGGAUGUAUUGUCCAACUCAACAGGAAUGGACAGAGAGCUGAUCCUGUUAGUGUGCUUGUUGACCAGUGGCCAGAGUUCAGAGUUUUAUUUAUUAAACCAGAAUUCCGUGAGAAGGGGGACCUUUUCAAAGACUUGACUGUGUUUUCAAAAAAAGAUGAAGUGUGCCUCAGAGACCUGCUGGCACAUUCAGAUGUCAUUGAUUGGAAGAUGUUUUUUUGCUUGGCUGCUGAGCUUCAUCAUGAGAAGAUGCUGGAAGUGGUGGCAAUAAACAGAGGUGUACCUAUGAAGAAGGAAGCUGUGUGCUACAUGUUGGUUCUUCGAGAUCCAUCAAAACUCUUACACGUUGAUAGCUCAUCACUGAAGCUGUCUUCUCUCAAUGAGUCUCAUCUUGAGCUAGUCAACCGUAGCUGGAAGUUUGGCUGUGAAGACAGCAAACUAAUGAUUAAGAAUAUGAUUUUACACUUCCCCUCUUGUUGUGUCCUGGACUCAGAUAAUCAACCGGUUGCAUGGAUUUUAACUUAUGCUUCCUGUGCAAUGGGAAUGCUGUACACACUUCCAGAACACAGAGGAAAAGGCUAUGCAAAAGCACUGGUCACCAUUAUGUCAAAGAGACUCCACUCUCAGGGUUAUCCAGUGUACUGUUUUAUAGAGGAAGAGAACCAUUUAUCCUACAGCCUCUUCACAAGCCUGGGUUUCACAGAAGAACCGGAUUACAGGGCAGCCUGGUUUGUCUUUAAUGAUUUUUAAUUGGGUCUCAUCAGAGCAGCCAAUCACAGCUGUUAAGCUUCUGUCUGAGAUGCUAUAUAGAGUUAUGUACAAUCUAGUAUUUUUUUUUUUUUUUUUUUUUAUAAAAAACAUUUACAGUCGAGCUAAACAUUGUUUAGCAUCAGCUAGAUUUGUUAUACUACUUAAAGGCAUCUUAUUUUUCUGCAUAUUCUUCUAGUCGAAGCAGCCUUAUCUUCCUGAAAGGCAUAAUGUGCUCUGAGUUCAGGAGGUGAGUGUGUGCGGGUGAUCCAUCUUUGUAGUCCACCACAGUUAAGCCAUUUUCUACGUGUACAUAAAUGACAUAAGAUGGAAGACUUCAGUGAAGAAUAUAUGUAUGCAUUUAGCAGAUGCUUUUAUCCGAAGCAGCUUACAAAAGAGGAACAAAAGCAAUU